AUGAACCUCGACGCGUCCAUACAGGCUCUGGUGGAGCUGGUGCCUGGUCUAACCACCUCGAUCUCCCCGCAAGGGAGACGACUAGUCAGUCAUCCUAACUACGAGGGUCUGGGCGAUCUCGAUACCAUUGGGGGUUUCUACCUAUCCGCUGCGGAACGCUGCACCACCGAACACGCCUCAUUCGACACUCGGCUUGCGCACCUGUCACUAGAGCAAAAUAUCUAUGAUCUCUACUGUAGCAGUGAAGAUGCUCUUCGAGAUGGCGUCAAGGCAGGCAUGGUCACUCGUCACCGGCCAGAGAACAUGCAAGGCUGUCUUUGCUGCCAAGGACAUCCCCCUUCCGUGAUCCUGGCACGGUUUCAUGAAGGAAACGCCUUGUUCUUCGAAGAGGAGGAGUACAAAAGAGUCUGGGGUGACGAAUAUUCCAUUGGAACUCGGAGAGGGGUAGACCAUACGUGGCUCAUGGCUUCGAAAGCGCAAGCGGAAGCAGCCAAGCAGCGUCAGGGUGAAAGUCGGGCUGAAUCUCUGCUGUAG